GGGACUGACAUUUUAGACAAUGCCCUUCAACAAUUUCCUGGUGCACCCCUCAUGGUCAAGUGCGAAUGCCACAACCGCCUUUGUGCUUCAAAUAAACGCGAAUUUCCGACUUGAAUAACAUGGUUAUAAACGACUCUUUUAUUAAUUGUCCACUACAACGACAUUAGGGUGUAGGACGUUGCAGUCGGUACACAAAUCUGUCAUAUUGCGCAGCUGGUGAUCCGAAAAGACGUCGAAAUGGACCUCGCGACAUGUCUCUGAAGCGCCAAAGUGCCCGGAUGAAGCCCCCAAAAAUCCGAAUUUUUCGGGUGAAGCCAACAAACAUGUCAGUCGACCAGGAUCCGAUCGUUUCUUCAGAACCGUCGCCGACUUCCCAUUUAGAAGUUCCUCCUCAGAAUAGUCGCAGGGUUAGCAUAGUCGAAAGUAUUCAUGGACAUGACAAUUACGGCUUCGAAUCCCCAAGAAGCAGAAAAGUCUCGGCGAACUCUGACCACGCAGAAAUAGGACCGGUCAGGAAAAAGAGCAUCCUGCAUAACGCACACCCUGUUGAGAAUGUCACUCUGUCAGGAAACAGUGAUAGUGGUAGACAAAUUAAUGGGGACGUAAGGGCCAAAAAAAACUCGGUCACAGAGUCUGUACAUUCAAAAACAAGGUUUUCGGACAUGGGCGACAAUGAAGAGGAUAACAGGUCGUGGUGGUAUGCGUUCUGCAUGAAGUGUCGACAGAAAGAGACCCAUCCUUCGUGGCAGCCGCCCCAUUGGUCAAAAAUAUGUCCAUAUCCUUUCUGCCCCACAUACAGGCAGUUUUCCAGAAUGAUAGCUCUUGUCCUGAUUGGGACAUUGUCCUGGUGCAUCCUCUACUCCAUCGUGGGAGAAACCGCCGCGCCAGGGGGACACCUAUUCCAGCUGAUCCUUCUAGCCAUAUGUGCCCAUUUCGGUGGAUGGUUGAUGAGUCUGACGACUCUGCCGGCGCUAAUUGGUAUGCUUUUUACUGGCGUCCUGUUUCAAAACGUCGGGAUUGUGAACAUCGACGCGUCAUUCAACCACAUCACUGGAGAAUUACGACAAAUCGCACUGGUGAUUAUCUUGAUCCGGGCUGGUCUCGACCUGGACCCCAGCGCCCUCAAACGCCUCAAAUUCGCCGUGGUCAAACUAGGUUUAGUACCUUGGGUCGCAGAAGCCGCAUUAGUGGCAGUCCUUUGCCGUUUCUUCCUUGAUUUACCCUGGGACUACGCCUGGCUUCUCAGCAGCAUCGUUGCCGCGGUAUCUCCAGCAGUGGUAGUCCCUUGCCUCUUCAGGCUACGCUCCCGAGGCUACGGCGUAGCGAAAGGGAUUCCCACACUCAUUAUAGCCAUCUCCGGUAUCGACGAUGCCGUUUCCGUUGCCGUUUUCGGCAUAAUCAAAAGCAUAAUGUUUUCGAACGAUUCCCUCACGUUCCAAAUCCUCCAAGGACCCAUUUCCGUCGUGGGAGGCAUAGGUUUCGGUUUUCUGUGGGGACUAAUUUGUAAUUAUGCCCCCGAGAGACACGACCCCUUCAUGGUACCCCUAAGGAUCCUGCUUCUUUUGAUCGGGGGGAUGGUUUCUGUGUUCGGGAGCGAGCUCAUCGGGUAUGGAGGAGCGGGACCUUUGGGUUGUGUCGCCGCCGCCUUCGUUUCCAUAUAUUUUUGGUCCAAGCAUGGUUGGGAGAUCGAGGAUAAUCCUGCUGGUACCGCCUUCGAGAUAUUCUGGAUGAUCUUCGAACCCAUUCUUUUCAGUAUUACGGGUGCUCAAGUCAAGUUGGAUGAAUUAGAUCCACAUAUCGUCUCCAUCGGGUUGGGUAUCUUGAUUGCUUCUGCGGUUGUGAGGAUGGUAGUUACAGCUGUGCUGGGAAUAGGGUGUAAGCUAAAUUUGAAAGAGAAAAGCUUCGUGGCGAUAGCUUUGAUGUCUAAAGCUACAGUGCAGGCUGCGCUGGGUCCAUUUACUUUAGGAAUAGCAAGACCUAACACUUUAGAGUACGAGUAUGCGGACAAAGUUUUGAUGGUCUGUGUCUUGUCGAUUAUUUUGACUGCUCCGACUGGGGCGAUUUUAAUAACAUUGCUUGGACCCCGUUUGCUUACCAAAACUAAGUUUCCAGAAGUACCUGAAGGAUGGAGGAGGAGUCAUAGGCCAUCUAUUAGAGAUAUUAGUAUUAUCGACGAAGAGGAGGAGAGGGACGAAAAUAUCGAAGCUUCAGUUUCGACUACUAUAAGUCAGAAAGAUACGUCGAAAAGUGAGAACUAGAGAAAAAAGAAUGUUAUUUUAUCCUGAGUAGAAGGAAUGUUAUAUUCUAUUGUUGAAUGUAUUUUAAAAAUGUUAUAUGUAAAUAUUUUUUUUAUAGAAAAUUUAUGUACAUACUAUGUGGUUGAAACUAUUUUAAUAUGUUUAUUUAAAAUGUCGAACUAGCAAAUAUGUAUUUUUAAAAGAAAUUUACAAAGUAUUAUAAGGAUUAAAAUAUUUAUAUCAAUUUUAAACAACUUGUUCCAACCGUUGCAUAAAAUAAAUUUAUUACUUCUCG